AUGUUAGCUAUUGGGGACGUUAUUUUAAGAGCAUUCAAUUUUGUAUUUUUGGCCGUGGCCUUGGGUUUGACAGGUUCUCUUGCCGCAACUACCAUUAGACAUCACAAUCCUCAAGUCAAUUUUGCUGUUUUCGCUGCAGCCUUUGGUCUUUUGACUUCAUCUAUCUAUGGUGUCUUUGCUUACUUUAUUUCUGCCCUUGCUUGGCCAGUCAUUUUGUUCUUGUUUGACUUCUUGAACUUUGUUUUCACCUUUGCCGGUGCCACUGCCAUUGCUGCUGCCAUCCGUGUCCACAGUUGUGGUAACGACGAAUACGUUGACAGAAACAAGGUUUCUCAAGGUUCUUCUGCUAGAUGUAGAAAAGCUCAAGCUUCUGUUGCUUUCUUGUACUUUUCUGCUUUUAUCUUCAUUGCUUCAGGUAUUUUCAGUGCUAUCUCCCUUUUCAGAGGUGGUUUGUUUGGUCACAGAUCUAGACCAGCUCCAAGAACUGGUGUCCCAACCAUGUCUCAAGUUUAA